UAUUGAUUUCCAUUUGGAGAUCUUCUUCUCCGUCGCCCUUCGUUCCUUCUCAGUUCUCCCAUGGGAUUCGUCACCUACCGAUCGAACCCGAACACCUCGAAGAAACCCUAGAGCCCCCAUUGCUACGAAGAGGAGGGGAUCGGGGGGAUGGAUCCCGAGCAAACCUUCCUCCGCGUCCACGCGCGGCUCUCGGGCAUGCUCUCGCAGCUCCUCACGCCGAGGAUUCGCUUAGCGUUGGAGUACAUCUACCUCGGCGUCGCCGUCGCCCUCUUUUGCUUGCUCGUCGUGAUGCACACCAACUUCGUUCAACAGCCGGGCUGUUCAAGCGAGUUUUCAGGAAUUGAAUUUACUGAAGCUCAACUUGUCCAGAUUAAGAUUACAGGUUAUGGCCUAUGGGACAGAAGAUCUGCUGACCAGAAUCUCGUGGGUCUUUGGAAUCAGGAAAGCUCAACCGAGAAUCCUGAAAUACAAGAAGUUAACGGUGAUGAGUUCACGAUAUUUACAACCAAGUUUUGGUCAAAUUGGAUUGGUUCUGCUAGGAGGAGUAAGUUGGUUUUUCGAUCUUGGAAGGCUGAUAAAGAGUUUCUUAAACCUCAAUCAGAAAAUACAGCUGAUAUGAACAUUGUAAAGACCAUUCUAGGCGGAAUAGAUAAUCAUGCUUUAUCUACAAGGGAUUCAUUUAAUUCAUUAAUUUCCCAAUUCUUCAGUAAGUGGAAAAGGCGGUCUGUUUCAAUGUAUAACAUUGCAAAGGAGCUAGCUGAGAAUACUGGCCAAUUAAUGAACAGUUCAACGUGGCAUGAGUUUCUUGAUAUUUCCAAUUUCCUUCAAAUGCUUCGUAUGGAACAUCUUCACUCAUUGAUAGUGCAGUGGCUUGAGAGGAGAAGCCAAGCAUUUGAGCCAAUGUACCUAUACACUAUUGAGAAGGGGUAUUUCUUGCUUUCUGAAGGUGCCAAAUCUCGGCAUGGCAUCCAAACUAUAAAUAUUACUCUUUCUGCUCGAAAUUCCUGCUUUGGAAACAGGUGGCAACAACUUCUGAUAAACGGUAUUGUUGGUUAUGAUACUAUUCUUAUAAAUAGUUUGCUGAGUUCUCCUGGCCAAGGUUAUCUUUAUAACUUUCAGACAAAGGAGCUUUAUGAUUUCAGUUAUGGACAUGAGCCAGCAGCAGGUCCUACAAGAUUUGGAGACUACUUUGUGACCAAAUGUGGUGUGCUUAUCAUGUCACUAUUUGUUUUCUUCACAACCACCAUGUCAGUUUCAUUUACGCUCAGAGAAACACAGUCCCGCAUGCUUAAAUUUACAGUGCAGCUACAACACCAUGCGCGCCAUCAGCUUCCCACAUUUCAAUUGAUUUUUGUGCAUGUUAUUGAAUCUUUGGUUUUUGUACCGAUUAUGAUCGGGAUUCUGUUUUUUCUAUUUGAGUUCUAUGAUGACCAGUUACUCGCAUUUCUCGUAUUAACCCUUGUUUGGUUGUGUGAACUAUUUAUGAUGAUCAGUGUAAGGACAUCAAUAUCAGUGCUGUUCUUUCCACGCUUCUUCUUGCUCUAUUUCCUAGUUUUUCACAUCUACUUCUUCUCUUAUGCUUAUGGUUUCUCAUACCUAGCCUUUUCUGCCACUGCCGCAUUCAUGCAGCACCUAAUAUUAUACUUCUGGAACCGCUUUGAGGUACCAGCUCUUCAGCGGUUCAUCAGGAGUCGAGCUCAUCCACAGCAACAGCCUGGCGUGCAGAUUGAAUCCUCUACCAUUUAUGCCUCCACUUUCCAUAUUGCUAGAGUAAAUGCGACAGAAACUGGUGAAGAAAACAGUGACCUUGGAACUGCAGAGGACCUCCACACAGUUUCAAAUCAUUCUAUGACCAAUCUCUCGGGCCAAGCUGAAAAUAGAGGCAGAAGUCAUGAAGAAGAUGAAGAAGGCAGCCCCCUCCCCUUUCCCGAUCCAGCAAACCCUCAACAAGCAGAAAAUGCGGCUCCUGGUGGCGGCCACAGCUUAUUGCUCUGGUUAUUAGGCGGAGGCUCUUCCGAAGGGAUUGUCUCCUUAUUUUCUAUGUUCAGAGAUGUGAGAGAUCAGGGCCAAGAUUUCGCAGAUUCACCCACACGCAAUAAUGAAAAUGAACAAGCUAUGUAGAUCUGAUCGAACGGAUUUCUUAUAUGUUUGGGAGUAACGUAAUCAGAUGCUUGAGAGGCAGUAUCCAAAUUUUCUCGAGCAGAAUCACUUUUGCCGUCUUUGAAGGAUUACGGGAUUCACUGAGGACACAGCUUGCAGAUUAUACAGGUCCGAUUUGGUUUUUGAUGUUUAAGUUGUUAUAUCGAUCAGCAAUAUCUUUUUUCUCUCUGUUGUUAUCGCAAGUAAAGGCACUUUGUACCACUUGCAGGAUGGAUAAGCGUAACAUAUAUAGUAUACUCCUGUCACAUAGUAUAAGUCUGUUUCCAGUCACGUAGAAGCAGUCUGACAUUCUCCUCCUAGUGGUAUUUGCUAGCUGUGAAAGUUUUUGGCAUCUCUUGUACUCCAUGAGCUAGAGAAUGGCUUGAUUUCAUUAAUCCUCCUCUCUUCUUUUCAUCAGAAGCUUGCAGAACUUGAUAGUUGGUGUUAAGUACCGGCCAUCCUGCAAGUUUCAAUUCUCAUGCUUGUCUCAUUUUAGAUAUGAAGAUUGGUGUACUCUUGAGCUUUGGCUGUUUUGAAAAUAAGUUUUAAAUAA